CUUUUCUAUUUCAUUACGUUUCGUGCGCGUGUCGCCUUACUUAACCAACCACAAUACCCCACUCUUCCCCCAACCCAGCGAGACGUCUCCUCUCCUCCGCCGCUUUCGAGCAGAGAAAACCCUCGUCCAAUCCGGCUAAUCCGGCGUUCACGACCAAGUGCAGCUCGUCCAGUUCUGUCCCUUCCCCGACCCAACUGCAGGAAGGGAGAGCGAUGGCGAGGAGCUCGUUCAAGCUGGAGCACCCGCUAGAGAGGAGGCAGGCUGAGGCUACCCGCAUAAGGGAGAAGUAUCCUGACAGAAUUCCUGUGAUCGUUGAGAAGGCUGAGAAAAGUGAUAUUCCUGACAUUGACAAGAAAAAAUACCUGGUGCCCGCUGAUCUUACAGUUGGGCAAUUUGUCUACGUUGUUCGCAAGCGGAUCAAGCUCAGUGCUGAGAAGGCGAUUUUCAUCUUUGUGAAGAACACACUUCCACCAACAGCCGCUCUGAUGUCUGCAAUUUACGAGGAGAACAAGGACGAGGACGGAUUCCUCUACAUGACCUACAGCGGCGAGAACACCUUCGGGCUUCUUCUCUAGGUGGUGGUGCCACGGCAAUCGCUUAAAAUGCUCCCUGUAAAUAAGGCGUGCCAAGCAACUGUGUAUAUUCCGGUUUGCCUCGUUGAAAAUCUUACAUUCCAUGACCGACAAAACCUGUCUGAUGUUCUAAUUCAACAAUUGCUUAUAUUUCAAAAUUUAUGGACACUGAAA